GUUAGAAAACGUGGUUAAUGCCAGACCAGAAGGUGCCACUUCUGACACUGCCAUGACCAGACUCCUUGACAAAACAACAGCAGAAAACUGGCAAACAAGACACUGUUGAUUUCAUAACUGACCCCAUGGAGACAAUAUCAGCAAACUUCACCCAGAAUGACUCUAAUGUCUGUACCAACCUGUAUAACCAUCGUAGUUGGGCACAAUAUUUCCUGCCUGCAAUGUAUUUCCUGAUUUGCAUCAUUGGAUUGCUGGGGAAUGUGCUGGCUUUGCAUGUCAUUUGGCCAAAUUUAAAGAAAAUCAACUCCACGACUCUGUACUCAGCCAACCUGGUAGUUUCGGACAUCCUGUUUUCGCUUGCUCUUCCCUUGCGUGUGGUUUACUACGCCAGGGGUUUCGACUGGCCUAUGGGGGAGGGUUUAUGCAAGGCUGUGGCACUGCUGUUCUACAUCAACAUGUACGCUGGUGUCAACUUCAUGACUUGUUUGAGUGUUGAUCGUUUCAUUGCAGUGGUACUGCCACUGCGCUUCUCCCGCUUUCGGAAGGUACAGAAGGUACGAUACAUCUGCAUGGUCGUUUGGGCCGUGGUGUUGAUGCAGACACUACCUUUGCUGUCAAUGACCAUGACAAAUGUCGAGCAAAGUGGUCACAUAACAUGCAUGGAGUAUCCCAACUUUGAGAAAAUCGACAACUUGCCAUUCAUGCUCAUUGGUGCCGUGGUGCUUGGCUUUGGCAUCCCUGUGAUCACCAUCCUGGUGUGCUAUACUGCACUUUGCCUGAAACUUCGCCACCUGGCCAAGUCCAAUAAACUGACAGAAAAGUCAGGACGCAGCAGCAAAGCCAUUGAGGUGAUCUGUACAGUCAUUCUGGUGUUUGUCGUGUGCUACAGCCCAUAUCAUGUUGAUCUCCUGCAGUACAUGAUCAGGAAGUUGCGGUAUGACCCGGACUGCUCAGAACUGCACAAAUUUCAGAUUUCUCUUCACAUAACUGUCUGCUUUAUGAAUCUCAACUCGUGUCUGGACCCCUUCAUCUACUUCUUUGCCUGCAAGGGAUACAAGAAGAAGGUGCUUAAACUGCUCAAGAAGCAAGUCAGUAUGUCCUUCUCGAGUGUAGUCAGGACAUCCCCCGAAGGCUCCUCCAAAGACGUGUUUGGGAAUGACAAAAUCCAAAUGAGCUCCAGAAGCUUGCAGAAAGAGAGGAGCAGUGUACUUUUGAGUGAGUUAGGCAACAAUAGUUUGGAACAAUAAACAAGUACAAGAACUGGACUUGAGUGAAUCUUUGAGAUUUCAAUAUAUGUUGUUUCAAGCUACUUAUUCUAAAGUUGGUUUAAUAUUGUUGUGCAGUUAAUUUGCUGAAUGACAGAAUUUCUUCAAGUAUUUUUUUAUAUUGAUUUUUUGAAUAAAAAGAAAACCA